AUGUUCGCGUCGAAACGGUUAGGCAAGGAGCUCGCAAAGAUGCACGACAAACUCCCGCCAGGCAUAACUCUCAUUAAGGCUGACGACUUCCAAACCUGGCUCAUGGACAUUCAAGUUAUGGACUCGAAUCCGUUGUACCAGGGCGAAACGUAUCGGUUGAAGUUUAGCUUUACACCGCAGUAUCCUAUUGAGGCCCCCGAAGUAAUCUUCCUCCGCGACGAAACCCACCCCAUACCCUGGCACCCACACAUCUACUCCAACGGCAUCAUCUGCCUCGACCUGCUCGACCGCUCCGGCUGGUCCCCCGUCCACAACGUCGAAAGCGUGUGUGUCAGUCUUCAGAGUAUGCUGACGAGCAACACGAAGAAGGAGAGGCCGCAGGGAGAUGAGAACUUUGUCAGCCUUGACUUCUCCUUCAACUCGUGGGAGUCGCUCGCUGUUGAGUGA